UGUUCAGCUACGAAGCCGCGGCUCCGGGUUCGAAUCCCAGCCUGACAGUCGGCGUGCAGCCCACCCAGCCUUUCAUCCUCCCUUAUGGACUGGUCAAUAAAUAGGUACAUGGAUAAACCUGGGGAAAGAAAACUGUGGUAACCCGAAUGUCACACUGGCCCUGUGUCCCGGGGUGAUGGGUUGUUACCUCCACAGGCUCAAGGGACAAUGAGAGGAAGAUGAGCACCGCAGCCACGCUUACGUAUAGUCUGAUUUUGCCCCCAAGUUUACCGUAUCUAUGUAUGCAUGUAUAUGUGUAUGUAUGUAUGUUUCCCAUAUACAGGUCGCAGCGAGCCCUCCAAGACCGAGUCAGCGCGCACUAAGGGUCGGCCGCCACAGAACCCUCCCAAGUUUCAGUUCGUGACCACCAACAGCUCCCAGGCCACGCUGUACCUGAGCCAGUGGACGGACGGCGGCUGCCCCAUCACACACUUCAGCGUCGAGUACCGCAAGGACGCCGCCACCGCCUGGACCACGGUGGGGACGGAGGUCCCGCCCACGCGCACCUACUCCCUGGGCGGGCUGGAGGCGGGCCAGCGCUACCAGCUGCGGGUCACGGCGCACAACGCGGCCGGGUCCACGCCCGCCCAGUACGCCAUCACCACGCCGCCGCUGGAGCACGCCAUGGCCACAGACUCCGGCGUGAGUGUGUGGGGCGGCGCGCCCUUCGCCUCGUCGGGGUGGCAGGAGCUGCGGGUGGUGGUGCCGGCGGCCGUGUCCACCCUCACCUUGCUCCUCACCCUCACCACCGUCUUCGUCUGCCUCAAGAAGAGUGAGAACGAUGUCUGGUUUUGGAGGACUUCAGCAUGUUUGACUUUCCUAUCCUCGCCUCACUGCACAAUACUUUGGUUCCUCUUCCCUUCACUGCACAAGACUUUACUUCCUGUGUUGCCCCACUACACAAGACUUUCCUUUCCUAUGUUGCCUCAAUGCACAAGACUUUCCUUUCCUGUGUUGCCUCAAUGCACAAGACUUUCCUUUCCUAUGUUGUCCCACUGCACAAGACUUUUCUUUCCUGUGUUGCCCCAUUGCACAAGACUUUUCUUUCCUGUGUUGCCCCAUUGCACAAGACUUUCCUUCCUGUUCCCUUCACUGCACAAGACUUUCCGUUCCUGUGUUGCCCCAUUGCACAAGACUUUCCUUCCUGUUCCCUUCACUGCACAAGACUUUCCGUUCCUGUGUUGCCCCAUUGCACAAGACUUUCCUUCCUGUUCCCUUCACUGCACAAGACUUUCCGUUCCUGUGUUGCCUCACUCACAAGACUUUCCUUUCCUGUGUUGCUUCACUGCACAAGACUUUCCUUUCAACCUCUUCCCUAUACUGUCCAGCAUUCUACUGCAAGAGUGAACCGUUAUCUUCAUU